CGAAAGAACGGCAUUGCAUCCUGGUAGGGCCUAAAGGGCGAAACCGGAAGUCCCCGCGGGAUUGUCCUCUCGCACCUGCUCGGUCGUCUUCGCUGUCGUCCGAGAAUAGCCGCUGCCGCAGCAGGAAUAAACAAGCAGAGCGCCGCAGCGACGAUGGAGCCCUGCAUCCGACACGGGAGGGGAGCUAGCGGAAACACGGUCAAGGUGCUGGAGUGCGGUGUGUGUGAGGACGUCUUCUCUCUCCAGGGGGACAAGGUCCCUCGUCUUUUGCUCUGCGGUCACACGGUGUGCCACGACUGCCUUACCCGGUUGCCCCUCCAUGGCAGAGCGGUCCGCUGCCCCUUCGACCGCCAGGUCACUGAGCUGGGGGACUCUGGAGUUUGGGGUCUAAAGAAGAACUUUGCUCUGCUCGAACUUUUGGAGCGACUGCAGAAUGGGGCCACCAGCCAGUCGGGAAUGGCGGAGGAUGCCCUGAAAGGCAUGGGAGAAUGCAUAAUCCGAUGUGAUGAGGACGAGAGCCACACAGCCUCCAUGUACUGCACUGUGUGCGCCACCCACCUGUGUGCCGAGUGCUCCCAGCUCACCCACUCCACUCGCACGCUGGCCAAACACCGUCGGGUGCCGCUGGCCGACAAGCCGCACGAGAAGACCCUGUGCCCGCAGCAUCAGGUCCACGCCAUCGAGUUUGUCUGCCUGGAGGAGGCCUGUCAGUCUGGGCCUCUCAUGUGCUGUGUGUGUAAGGAGUACGGCAAGCACCAGGGACAUAAGCACGCUGUUCUUGAGACUGAAGCUAAUCAGAUCCGUGCCUCCAUUUUGGACAUGGCCCACUGCAUCCGCACCUUCACAGACGAGGUGUCCGAGUACUCGAGGAAGCUGGUGGGCAUCGUGCAGCAAAUUGAAGGUGGAGAGCAAAUAGUAGAGGAUGGAGUUGGCAUGGCACACACCGAACAUGUCCCUGGCACAGCAGAGAGCGCGCGCUCCUGUGUCCGCGCCUACUUCGCAGACCUCCACGAGACUCUCUGCCGGCAGGAGGAGAUGGCGCUGAGCGUGGUGGACGCUCAUGUCCGCGAGAGGCUGAUCUGGCUGAGGCAGCAGCAGGAGGACAUGACCAUCCUGCUGUCCCAGGUCUCCACCGCCUGCCUGCACUGUGAGAAAACCCUUCAGCAGGAUGACUGCAGAGUUGUGUUGGCAAAGCAGGAGAUCAACUGUUUGCUGGAGACGCUACAGAAGCAGCAGCACCAGUUCACUGAGCUGGCAGAUCACGUGCAGCUGGAUGCUGGCAUCCCUGUCACCUUCACCAAGGACAACCGGGUCCACAUUGGUCCAAAGAUGGAGAUCCGUGUAGUGACCCUUGGGCUGGACGGAGCUGGAAAAACCACCAUCCUCUUCAAGCUGAAACAAGAUGAGUUCAUGCAACCCAUCCCGACUAUCGGAUUCAAUGUGGAGACAGUUGAAUAUAAGAACUUGAAAUUCACUAUCUGGGAUGUGGGUGGAAAACACAAGCUCCGACCUCUCUGGAAACACUACUAUCUCAACACUCAAGCGGUGGUGUUCGUGAUCGACAGCUGCCACAGAGACCGACUCAUGGAGGCUCACAGCGAGCUGGCCAAACUGCUAACAGAGAAGGAGCUGAGAGACGCCUUGUUGCUCAUCUUUGCAAACAAACAGGAUGUUCCCGGCGCCGUGUCUGUGGAGGAGAUGACAGAGCUGCUGAGCCUGCACAAGCUGUGCUGCGGGAGGAGCUGGCACAUUCAGGGCUGCGAUGCCCGCAGCGGGAUGGGCCUCCACGAGGGGUUGGAUUGGCUCUCCAGACAGCUGGUGGCUGCUGGGGUCCUGGACGUAGCCUAAAUGUCACGUCCCUCUCCAUACUGCCUCUCCCCUAACGACUGAACCCAAGCCCCAGCCUCUGAGCCCCCGUCAUCAGUUCUCUUACGACUUCAAAGCGUCAACUUUUAAGACAACACUGCGGCUUUAGGCCUCCUCUCAUCUUCUUUCCCCUCUUUGUGCACCGCUGUGGGCAAAGAAAACAAAGAUGAAAAUACUCUCUCUAGACUCAUUUAAUGGGAACGUGGAAAGCGAGAACUAUCUUAAACUUCUGUCCCACCGCUCACACCACCUUCCCAACCUCCGAGAAAUAAACUCACCAGACCUAUAGCCCGAAUUAUGCCUACAAGCUCCCAUCCUGCUCAUUUCUAAGGCAGCUUACAUGGUCUAACACGUGUUACUUUAGCUUUUCUUCAUCCUAACCCUCACAGGAAACAAGUUGUGUAUCUGGCAUCUAUAGCUAGUCGAUUUUAGGUCCAGUCGAAUGGUAGAAAUGCUCCUCGGGCCCUGACAGAGUGGACUGUAUCUGUAUUUUCUCUCACAUUACUCAUCAGGACCACCCCCACGCGUGACAGUAAUCGCAACUAAAGGCAGUAACGAUAGUAUCAUUAACAUCCCUUUUGUUGAUUCCGUAGAUAAUCCUGAGAAAUACCUACAAUGCCCUUUCAGUUAAUCCAGUAUAUGUGCAGGUAAGCGAGAUGGGACAGAAAUAUUCACUAUGGUUAUCAUGAACCCAGGGGACUUCCGGUGGCUUGGUCAAUGGUCAAGGUGCAGAUUCUGGCUGAGCUCUCCCUCAGCCUGGUCAUCUAACGUAAGCAAUAGCAGCUGAUGUUUCAUGGGGUCUUCGAGUAAUGUGUGCAAGUUUAUUUUAUAAGUGUAUGAACCUUUUUAAUGCCACAGCUGGUCUUGAAAUGGCACACCAGUCGAGUUUUGGUUUGAAUGUAGUGUUUACUGUUACAGAACAAAGUGUUUACUGAAAGACUUUAUUUAUGAGCAGGAACAAGGAGGAUGUUACUUUGACACGGGGCGGUGCGGGAAAAUCGGCUUUUACGCUCCGAUUCUGCCUCCGUUCUGCGGAGUGUCUUGCGCACAGAAUUUGUCACUUUUACGCUGCCUCACCACCAUUUUUCAUUUGGGAGCAAAUGAGCUCAUCUGCUGUUUCUUAGACUCUGAGUAUUUAAACUCACUGUAAAAAAGGAAAAAAGAAAAAAAAAAAAAGUCUUGUGAAAAUAAUCCUAUUUAAAGAUCUCACACCCAAGUCCUGUCCAUCUGUCUGGAGCGUGUACAAGAUGGUACACCUUUAAUCUGCAGCCUUCAGUAAUGUAAUGUGAAACUUAGUGAAACAUUAAACCUAACACUGAGACGUGUCUAAUUAUUGAGGAACCUUCAUAUGAGUUUCAUUUCAUCUUUAUUCAUUGCUAUGUAAUGUUUACUACUUGUACCUAAUGUAAAAAAAAAAAA